AUGGAACCAGAAAACCAAACAGACAUAGCAGAAUUUCUCCUCCUGGGUCUCUCAGAGGACACAGAAUUACAGCCCCUCAUAUUUGGUCUAUUCCUGACGAUAUACCUGGUUACUGUUCUUGGGAAUCUUCUCAUCAUCCUGGCCAUCAGCUCUGACUCCCACCUCCACACCCCCAUGUACUUCUUCCUCUCCCACCUUUCCUUCACUGACAUCUGUUUCAGCACCACCACAGUCCUCAAGAUGCUUGCAAACCUCCAAAGACAAAGCAAAUCCAUCAGUUACAUGGACUGCCUCAUCCAGGUUGGUUUCGUCCUGUUUUUUGCUGGCUUGGAAAACUUUCUCCUGGCAGCAAUGGCUUAUGACCGUUAUGUGGCCAUCUGCCAUCCGCUGAGGUACAGGGUCAUCAUGAACUCCUGUCUCUGUGUCCUGCUGAUUCUACUCUCCCUGGUCACUAGCAUGGUGGAUGCUCUGCUCCACAGUCUGAUGGUGCUGCGAUUGUCCUUCUGCAAGAACCUGGAAAUCCCCCACUUCUUCUGUGAACUUGCUCAGGUCAUCAAGCUGGCCUGUUCUGAUACCCUCGUCAAUAACAUCCUGGUAUAUUUAGUGACCAGCAUAUUGGGUGGUGUUCCUCUCCUCGGGAUUAUUUUCUCUUACACUCAAAUUGUCUCCUCCGUUCUGAGCAUGCCAUCAGCUGGGGGGAGAUAUAAAGCUUUUUCCACCUGUGGGUCUCACCUCUCAGUUGUAUCCUUGUUCUAUGGGACAGCUUUUGGGGUGUACAUUAGUUCUGCAGUUACACCCUCUUCCAAGAAGACCGCAGUAGCCUCACUGAUGUACACUGUGGUCCCUCCAAUGUUGAACCCCUUUAUCUAUAGCCUGAGGAAUGAAGACAUAAAGAGAGCUUUGAGAAAACUUAUCUGA